GAUGACUUUUUGGGCAAAGUGACUUCAUCCUAAAUUUAUAUAGGGGUCAGGAAGCAAAAAAGGUAGAAGACUGGGCCAAUCUAGGAUUUAGCGAAUCCUCCCCCUUUGCUAGAAAUAUGGAGUACCCGGCGGAUGUCUUGACAAGUUCAUCCUAUCAAUUAUAAAUAUUUUCCACCGAUAACACUCACCCAAACCGAACAAGCAAGAAAAGCGCCUGGAAACGUCCGCACCAAAGAAGUCUAGCCUUGAGAAUAUAUAAAACAAAUCCCCACAAAAAUGGAGAUACUCAAUCCGUUUAAAGAUAUCCAGCCGCUACGGGGCCAGGUCUCGUUAUUAAAGACAGUGCAAGAGACUCGUUCGGGGAAGGAUACUGUCGAAGCCUAUGUUGCGGAAAUAAAUAUCAAGUCGGCGAGCAAAGUGUUAAAGUUAUUGGAGUCCAAGUCCCCCAAGGACCCAUCAUUAUCUCUCACGCAUUUGCGCCGCUUCGUGAAGCCGGAAUUUCUACCGGAGCACCUGAAAAGGGAUUCCGCAGCAGCAGUAGAGGGGGAGGUAGUUGCGGCAUCCAAGAGCUCGCAAACUAUCUACAUCCUCAUCCCACCUCCAUUACCUGAGCUUUCCCUCUUGGAAACACUCCUGGCACCAUAUGCGCCCAUCUCAGCGUCCUCAGACGCUUCAUCUGCUCCGGAUGCUGCAGCGUCAGUACCAGCGCCGAUAUCACCUAUCGAAGUCCAAUCAAUUCGUAUACCCCUCUCCCCACCAACCACAGAGGAAGAAUCGGUUACAUGGUCGCGUACCCUAUGGCCGACCAUUUUCAAUCCUGCUGCCCAUCCAAUCACCCACUCGCCCCGUGGCCCGCUGCUACUAGACGCGCAGGAGUCUGUGUCCCGCAGAGCGGGCAACUAUCUAGCGCUAGCUAGAAAAGUUGCUCUGGAGGCGAAGUGGAGUGGAUGUGGACGGGCUGUUGGUGCAGUGGUGGUUGAUCCUGCGCUGGCGGAUGCGGCUGAUCCGUCGGAUAAGUUUGCUGGUAUUGUAGCCGUGGCCGGGGACGCGCGGUACUGCAGCAGGCGAAAUGCAGGGGAAGGUGGUGCGGGAGCUGCUCCUUCGACAUCAUAUGAUCCAGACAAUGAAGGGCAACCAGAUCACCAUGCACUGAUGCGCGCCAUAUCAUUAGUCGCCUAUAAGCGCCUUACCUCGUCGACGUCACCCACAGUAACACCGUCAAUAUCUAUGUCCCCGCCAGCACCAGCGUCUGUUGCGUCGACACCAGGCCCCCUACCCGCUGUAUCAUCUUCUACAGAGCCUUCAACCUCCUCUCCACCCCCAUCCAAGAAACCCAAACCGUCGCCACAGUCCCUAGAUCCCGAGCCCAUCCAACCAACCCAACCGCCACGACCACUCCCCUACCCCCCACUCACCCCUCUAGAAUUUCACUUCCUCUCUCUCCCUAACAUCCAAACUCGCACACAGGGCGGCUACCUCUGCACAUCGCUAGACUUAUACAUAACCCACGAACCCUGCGUCUGCUGCGCGAUGGGUAUGCUGCUCUCGCGGUUCCGGGCUGUGGUAUAUUUACAAGCUACGGGUCCUGGGAGGGCGGAUGCAGCGCUGGAUCCAUAUACCGGAUAUGGAUUACAUUGGAGGCAGGAGUUGAAUUGGCGGGUAGUGGGGUUUCGGUUUUGUGUUGAGGGAGAGGAUGGGGCGGAAUCGAAGGAGGAGCGGGAGGGGUUAGAAGGGCUAGAGUUGGAAAGGGGAGUGUUUCAUGCUUGAAUUGCCUGAGGCACGGAAGAUGAAGUAGUGGGUGUGGCCGAAAGAAGGGAAGGGACUUUCGCUACACCUGUGUGCGUAUGCAUGCAUGUGCAGUAGUACAUCUUGUCCGUGACCUACGUGGCCGCGGCCUUUUUUGCUGGCUUUAUCCAUUUUGUGUACUACGUACGCCAUACGGCAUGCUCUCUCGGAUAAUGGCCUGAGGAAGACACAUGAAAUCGCUCAUGUAACCCCUGUCAACGACGAUGCUGAGAUUAAAAUCCCCCAACAUUAUAUUAAUAAAACCCACACAGCCCAUCGCGCUGUGCGUUAGGACUUAUGAUUCCUUUACUUCUGCGCAAGCCUAUAGUUUACCCACGUUGCAGGGUUGUUCACAUCUGAAAGCGAUAAAUUCUACGAAAUAGGCAGUACCUGCUAGAACCCUUCUAAAUCUUGCAUUCGGAUUCAGGCAUGUGUGUCUUUUUAUCCAUCUUGUUUCCGGUGCAUUCGUCAAAGCUCCGCAUCGGUUGUGUUUCCGCUCCCUCGAGGUUUGCUCGGCUUGGAGGGUUUGCCAGAGGAAGUCACAGAUGUUGUUCGUUAAUCUAUAACCAAGCCGAAGUCCGAGCAACGAGUUAUUAAUAUUAAGUGGGCUUGUGAUCUCGAGUUGGUGGAUAUUGAAUAGUCCUCUAAUAAUGUAGGUUUACGUGUAAUAGCUCGAUAUAGGUUAUGGAGGGAGAUCCGAACGAUAAAGGUCACAGGAGGGGAAGACGUUUGUAGUUAACGUUACUAAGCGAACCAUAUAUCUUUGCUUGGAAAUAGAGAAGGUGAAGCUGGGCUGGAUGCAUGUCAAUCCAUGUGAGUUAGCAGUCUGUACCCUGUCAGGAACUAAGAUAAAUUCAAGAGUGCAGUACAAUAAAACUAAAUAUCAGCACAGGGAGCUAGGAACUCUUCUCUCUGGCCUACCAAUCACAUCUGAGAAAAAUAAUCAAUUCAUUUGAAAUUCUAGAGAGAAAUAUUAAUUUUGACGGGCAAAAUUGUAAGCAGAUGCUAUGUGUUAAGAAAUGGUUUAGUUAUUAGUGAUUAAAUAUACAAUACAAUAACCGAACGUCAUAUAUCCAAGCUUUUC